UAUAAAAAUAUCUAUCAACGAAUAUCGAUACUCUAAUCGAAAUCGCGACUCUACAUUUUGAAAAUCGAAAACUGAAAAAAGAAUAUUAAAAAAUCCAAGACAAAAACAAAACCGAAGGAAAUGCAAAUCAAAAACAUACCAAGGUUCCCCUUAUCGAUUAGUUUACAUAUUUUCGCUCACAUCCUUUAUCAGGAAGGAGUGACGACGCUGUCCAACCGUGUUUACCCUAUGACUGCCACCUUUAUAUAAACCGCGACACCAAAAUUCUCCUCACAUACUUGCUGACUUCUGAUCGCCUAGUCCUUUCCUACCAAAUUUAAGUCUCCUUAAAUUUAAAAUGAAUUCGGUUCUACAAUUUGUUUGUUUAAUUCUUUUUGUACAAAACAUUAAAACUUCGCCUGCGCGCGGUUAUAAUUAUUUUGAUUUCUUAUACGAUGAUUUUGAAGAUAACAGUAUUGGUAGUGAUAGUAUCGAUGUUUCGAGCUUGGGACCAGAAGCCUAUGGACUGCCAAACACUGAAAGCGGGGAUGCUGUAGCGAAUUGGUCAGAGUCAUCCCUCAUGAACCCGGAAGAGGUGGGAGGGUACGCGGAGGGUGACAUCCUGAUGCCGCCAGCGCAGACCAGGAACGGAGUCCGCGAGCAAACGCUGCGGUGGCCUAACGGACACAUACCUUAUGUUAUUGAGGGGCAUUUCUCUCAAGAACAACGCGACACAAUUAUGAAAGCUAUCGCUGACUACCACCGCCUCACCUGCCUGAGGUUUGUGCCCUACAAGGGACAGAAGGACUACAUCACCAUCCAGAGCAAGAAUACCGGCUGCUGGUCCAGUGUCGGCAGAAUUGGUGGUCGUCAGGAAGUGAACCUGCAGGCUCCUGGCUGCAUCUCCAAGAAGGGCACCGUCAUCCACGAGCUGCUGCAUGCUAUCGGCUUCAUGCACGAGCAGAGCCGGCCCGAGAGAGACGACUUCGUCAUAGUGCGGUACAAUAACAUCAAACCAGGUACGGAAAGCAACUUCAGGAAGGCUGACAAGAGGAACGUGAAUGAUUUCAACGUGCCUUAUGACUACAACAGCGUGAUGCACUACUCUGAGUAUGCCUUCUCCAAGAACUCGCAGAAAACUAUUGAGCCUAAGGUUGGUGGAGUAAAACUGGGCCAGAGGGAAGGUCUAAGCCGCGGAGAUGUCAAAAAAGUCAACAACAUGUACAACUGCAAGAAAGAGGAACCUCAAUCCGGCUGGCUAGGCGGCGUUUUCCAGAACUUUUUCGGCGCGAGACAACGUUAACUUAAUUAUUGUUUGUUAUCACUAAUCUGUAUUUAACACAUCACAAAGAUCUGAUAGUUAUAAGUUCAAAUGCUAGUCUUUAUGUUUGUAUGAUUUAAAUAAAUGUAUUAAUUACCAA